GUAUAUUCUGAAUUCAUUAUAUAAACAAAAAAUUAUUCAUGUUGUAAGACGAAGAAAAAGUCUAUUUUCUUAUUCGGAUCUUAGGGAAAGUUGAUGCUGUAGAUGCCGGACGGGGAGAUAAACUAUAUUUCCAAGAACUGUGACACGUCCGAUGAAAUUACUCAGAUGGAGCAGCACAAUGGGAUGCGCAGUUUUGUUGUCACCGUCGAUGAUAAUGGCAAGAUCGAAGUAAAUCCAAAAGACCAAGAAGAAUUCUACCAGCAGAGUAAUUGCAACCAUAAGGCGAAAAAGAGAUUGGGAAAGGGAAAACAACGCAUACGAAUUGCACUCAUCGAAGAGGAUGCCACCGGCAGCUCUGACGUCGAGCAGGAUGAGAAUGGUAGCAUUGUAAGCAUUGAUGCGCAAUCGUUUGAUGCCAUGCACGAUAGUUUCGUUAAGAUCUAUAAUAAGAAUGUGCGCGGCAAGCCGAGCUUUGUGGUGCUUGAGGAUGCGCUGAUGCGCAAACGCAUUGAGGAUACGCUGCAGGAUCACUUCGAUAGCACUACUUGCCAUCACCACCAACAACAGCACUGCCACGCCCAGCAACAGACAUCGCCGUGUGAUAUUGGCGCCCACACAGGCUCCCAAACCGAUGAGUUUCUUCUGCAAUGCGCCAUGCGCUCUCGCUUGCCAGGCCACAGUCGAGGUUGUCAGGCCACCGACCACACUUACAACAAUGUGGAGCUAUCGCACAACGCUAGCUCCUCUAGCAGCAGAAAGCAUCUUCAUGUGCCCUCGCUGCGACGGAUGAAUCAAUUGAGAUCGCUGCCACACAACAAUUCGACAUUGUCAUCAGCAACAUUGGCAGCCCCGGUCGUCAGUGCACCACAUGUGACCAUCACCUUUUCACCUCCAUCUACAGCAAACAUGCCCGUUAUUAUGCAGGCGCAGCAACAGCCAUUGCAACAACAGCAACCACUGUUGUUGCCAGCAGCGACGCAUAGCUAUUGCAAUUGUUGCUCCAAUUUGCAGCCUUGCAUAAGUAACAGCUGCAAUAACUGUUGUCUCCCACAGCCAGUGAAGAGCAACUACUGCCUGCCUGCAACUAACACCUGCUUUCUCCAGCCACAGCAACAACAGCAUCAACAGCAAUAUCCUACAAUGACAACAACAUAUGGCAAUUGCACCAGCAACUGCUGCUUGUUGGGACCCACUUUGGCACAGACCACGCUUGGCUAUGGGCCUACGAUGUCCGAGCAAUGCAGCCAUAAUAUUUUAGAGACAUUAUCACCGCAACAAUGCCAGGAUUGUCCUGCUGCCAACUGGCCCACACAGAUUUGCAAUCAUUGUCAAUACUAUCCAAUGUCAAACUGCAAUAUGGCUGAUUUUGGACGGGUACAUUUCGCCAGCUGUCAAAUGCAACAACAGGCGCUACAACAGCAACAGGGUCCACAACAGCAACAGGCGUCACAACAGCAGCCACAACAGCAACAGGCACCACAACAGCAGCAGGGUCCACAACAGCAACGGGCGCAACAGCAACCGGCGCAACAGCAGCAACCGGCGCAACAGCAGCAACUGGCCCCACAACAGCAGCCAGUUCCACAUCAACAACUGAUGCAACAGCAGCCAGACCAGCUACUGCAAAUACAGACACAGCAUCAACAAUCGCAGCAGCAACAAAGGAAGAAGCAAUUAGAAAACAAAUCCGCUUCACAGAAUCCUUCAGAACUAUCAAAAAAGUUAGUAGAGGCAACAUUAGCUGCAUCUGCCGCCAAGCUAGACAAGAUUGCGAAGAGAGUGCGUUACAAGUUGUCUGGAACAGCUGCGUCCAAUAAACUCUAUAUGGCACGCUUUGGACGCACUUGCCUGAUACUGAAGCCCAAUAUGUGUUCCAUGCCACCAAGGCUGCUGACCAAGCCCAUCAGUCGUUGCACCUCAGUCAGUGCUUUGCCGCAAAAGAAUAUCGAAAAAUGAUUGCAAACAAAUUAAAAACAUAACAUAGAUCCGAAAAA